AUGGCUGACCCUGAGGAGUUGCAGGUUUCUUCACCACCCCUGCUGCCUCCCUUUGCUCCCUCAUCUUCAGACUUCUCUUUGGCAUCUAUCCUGAGCGUUCCUGUGAGUUUGGGCUGGCCAGUUCUGAGCAGGGGCAGGAGCCAAAUGGUGGACCCGCUGGAGGAACUUGAGCUGCAGAUUGGAGAUGCCUUUUCAUUAACAAAACUUCUUGAAGCCACAUUUGCAGUUUCAGUUCAAGUGGAAGAGCUUGCCAUCAAAUGUACAGAAAAUGCACGUUUCCUGAAAACGUGGUGGGAUCUCUUGAAAGAGGGCUGUGAUUCUUCUUCAAAACCUGACAGCUGA